AUGGCAAUCCCAAUAUUAUGUAUUGUUGCUAUAUUUAUUCAGGCUAUGUUUGCAGAGGGAGCAUUAGUGAAGCUAGGGGCAAGCCUUAGGCCCUCUGCUUCAGGCCAACGGCAAUCUUGGGAAUCCCCGGGCAAGAAUUUCAGUUUAGGAUUUCACCCAAGUGGAAACAUGGGACUCUAUGUUGUGGGUAUCAGAUUUGCUAACAUCAAUGAUUCAACUCUGGUAUGGACUGCAGGCUGUAAUGGCGGAAUUGAAGUGGGAGAAGAAGGAUUCUUCACAAUACAGAAUUAUGGCAAUCUGGUUUUAAGCAAUGGGAAACAAAUAGUCUGGCAGACCAACACAUCCAAUCUAGGCGUGGCAUCUGCAUAUAUGCAAGAUGAUGGGAACUUUGUACUGCAGAAUAGUAGUUCAGGCACAGUUUGGGACACCUUUGCAAAUCCUACUGAUACUCUGGUGGUCAAUCAGAAUUUCACUGUGAAUCAAAGCCUGCGAUCGGGUCCUUACACAUUCACCAUGCAGUCCAGUGGGAAUUUUACGCUGAAAUGGAACAACAUCACGUACUUGAAUGAGGGUACUCCACUAGCUACCACAGCAUCUCUCACCAGCCAGGGAAUUUUCAAGCUCUCUAAUUCUUCAGCUGAUUCGUUGUGGGUGUCUCGGAGUGGAGAUUAUACGGACAAUUCUAUCAUUGUGCGAAGAAUGAAGGUGGAAUCAAAUGGGAAUUUGAGGUUCUAUGGAUGGGUUACAGAUAGAGGGAUAUGGCAGGUGGGAUGGAGUGCUGUGAAUGACCAGUGCAAAGUCUAUGGAUGGUGUGGAAAUUUUGGGGUGUUCGUUUACAAUAAUACAGGUCCAUACUGCGAAUGCCCAUCUGCAGACUUUGAUCAGAUAGAUCCCACAGUUGCCAGUCAGGGAUGCAAGAGGCAACAGGAUAUAACACAGUGCAGCAAUAACCAGAGUAUGGUUAGACUGGAUAAUACAGAAUUCUUAUCUUAUCCGCCAGAGUGA